AUGGCUGACGGGGGCAGCCUGCACAAUGUCCCCAUAGUUCUAGACAAUGGAAGUGGUACUAUCCGCGCCGGGUUUGCUGGGACUGAUCUGCCAGCUGCAUACUUCCCGUCCUACGUCGGCCGUCCGAAACAUGUUCGUGCCCUCGCCGGCGCUUUGGAGGGAGAUACCUUUAUCGGGCCAAGAGCACAGGAACUACGAGGCCUGCUGAAGAUCCGAUAUCCUCUGGAACACGGCAUCGUCACCGACUGGGAUGAUAUGGAAAAGAUAUGGACAUAUGUCUACGACCAAGAGCUGAAGACUCUGAGCGAAGAACAUCCUGUCCUUCUGACCGAACCUCCCCUGAAUCCGAGACAAAAUCGAGACAUGGCAGCUCAAAUCCUAUUUGAGCAGUUCAAUGUCCCCGCCGUUUACAUGUCCAUCCAAGCAGUACUCAGUCUUUAUGCUAGUGGUCGGACGACAGGAAUCGUGCUGGACAGUGGCGAUGGAGUCAGUCAUGCAGUCCCUGUCUACGAAGGGUUUGCCAUCCCAAGUAGCAUACGAAGGAUUGACGUGGCAGGGAGGGACAUCACCGAACAUAUGCAGCUGCUGCUAAGGAAGAGUGGACGCGUCUUCCACACCAGCGCCGAAAAGGAAAUAGUCAGGAUCAUGAAAGAGAAGACGGCAUACGUGGCGCUUGAUCCGAGGAAAGAAGAGAAAGACUGGUCACAAGGGAUUUGGAAGAACGAGAAAAGGGAUAUUGAGUAUUCGCUGCCUGACGGUCAGAAGAUCAAGCUUGGAGCAGAACGAUUCCGGGCACCAGAGAUCCUGUUUGAGCCCGACCUGAUCGGAUUGGAGUACCAGGGUGUCCACCAAAUGGUGGUUGAUGCGAUUACUCGGACAGACAUGGACCUUCGAAAGAACCUAUUCGGCAAUGUUGUCCUGAGUGGUGGUACAACGCUGUGUAAAGGAUUCCCCGAUCGACUUCUCUAUGAAAUGCAGAGGCUGGCCGUCAAAGACAUGCGCAUCAAGAUUUUCGCGCCCCCCGAGCGCAAAUACAGUACCUGGAUUGGUGGGAGUAUUCUUGCGGGGUUGAGCACAUUCAGGAAGAUGUGGGUCAGCAUUGACGACUGGCACGAGAAUCCAGACAUCAUUCACUCCAAAUUCACUUGA